AUGAGUCCGUGUCCAGCAGAGCUGGCAGUACGCGUUCCUUAUGAAACCCUUCUGCAAAACUUAGAUUUUGGUACUCUGGAAUCCAUAUGGAAUGUAAAAACAUUACAGCAUCAGCUCACUAGCGGUUGCUAUGAAUGGAGUAGAUGUUAA